CCGGGAGAAUGUCAGUGGCUUACUUUGGCCAGACUGCGUAUCCUGAAAGAGGAAACCCAAGUCGAGACUUGGCCAGAAAUACUUUCCAGAAUGUGACGUGCUCGAUAUACGAUAAUGCGAGGAGCCGGGCCGCCAGGUUCCUAGAUAGCAAGCCGCUUCGCGGGGAGCGCGACGUUUGUCGGGAGGAGCGACAAAGCGGCCGGAAGUGCUACAGCAGCGACGCAGGGCUCUCUGGGAAGUGUGGUCCUUUGGCUCUGCCCGGGCGGUGGCCGUGAGUCCUGAAACCUGGCGGCCUAUCCAGUCUGAACCAGGGAUGGCUGGCUCCGGAGGCCCCAUUGGGUCCGGGGCCUUGACUGGAGGGGUACGCUCCAAGGUGGCUCCGAGCGUGGACUUUGACCACAGCUGCUCAGACAGUGUCGAGUACCUGACGCUCAACUUUGGACCCUUCGAAACAGUGCAUCGCUGGCGGCGCCUCCCGCCCUGCGACGAAUUCGUGGGCGCCCGGCGCAGCAAGCACACAGUCGUGGCAUAUAAGGAUGCCAUCUAUGUGUUUGGAGGAGACAACGGAAAGACGAUGCUCAAUGAUCUCCUGCGUUUCGAUGUGAAGGAUUGCUCCUGGUGCAGAGCCUUCACCACCGGCACCCCGCCAGCGCCCCGUUACCACCACUCUGCUGUGGUCUAUGGGAGCAGCAUGUUCGUCUUUGGGGGCUAUACUGGAGAUAUUUACUCCAAUUCUAACUUGAAGAAUAAAAACGACCUCUUUGAAUACAAAUUUGCAACUGGCCAGUGGACGGAGUGGAAGAUUGAAGGGAGGUUGCCUGUCGCCAGGUCAGCCCAUGGGGCUACAGUGUACAGUGAUAAGCUCUGGAUCUUUGCUGGUUAUGAUGGCAAUGCCAGGUUGAACGACAUGUGGACAAUUGGCCUCCAAGACCGAGAGCUCACGUGCUGGGAGGAGGUGGCCCAGAGUGGUGAGAUCCCCCCAUCCUGUUGCAACUUCCCUGUGGCUGUGUGCCGGGAUAAGAUGUUCGUGUUCUCAGGACAGAGUGGAGCCAAGAUAACUAACAACCUCUUCCAGUUUGAAUUCAAAGACAAGACGUGGACACGCAUCCCUACUGAGCACCUGCUUCGGGGCUCCCCACCCCCGCCACAGCGGCGCUACGGACACACCAUGGUGGCCUUUGACCGCCAUCUCUAUGUGUUUGGGGGUGCAGCGGACAAUACACUGCCCAAUGAGUUGCACUGCUAUGAUGUGGACUUCCAGACCUGGGAGGUUGUCCAGCCCAGCUCUGACAGUGAGGUUGGUGGGGCUGAGAUGCCUGAGCGAGCUUCCUCUUCUGAGGAGGCAUCUACUUUAACCUCUGAAGAGCGGAGCAGCUUUAAGAAGUCCAGAGAUGUGUUCGGCUUAGACUUUGGCACCACUUCAGCCAAGCAGCCUGUCCACCUGGCAUCAGAGCUGCCCAGCGGGAGGCUCUUCCAUGCUGCCGCUGUCAUCUCUGAUGCCAUGUACAUCUUUGGGGGCACUGUAGACAACAACAUUCGCAGUGGGGAAAUGUACAGGUUCCAGUUCUCUUGCUACCCUAAGUGCACACUGCACGAAGAUUAUGGGCGCCUAUGGGAGGGCCGCCAGUUCUGUGAUGUGGAGUUUGUGCUUGGUGAGAAGGAAGAGUGUGUGCAAGGCCAUGUUGCCAUUGUCACUGCAAGGAGUCGGUGGCUUCGUAGGAAGAUCGUACAGGCUCAAGAGUGGCUGGCCCAGAAGCUAGAGGAAGAUGGGACCCUAGCUCUCAAGGAGGCCCCUGGCUCAGCUGUGGGCAGGGCACGGCCACCCCUGUUACGUGUGGCCAUCCGUGAGGCCGAGGCCCGGCCAUUUGAGGUGCUCAUGCAGUUUCUCUACACAGACAAGAUCAAGUACCCACGGAAAGGCCAUGUAGAAGAUGUGCUGCUCAUCAUGGAUGUGUACAAGUUGGCGCUGAGCUUCCAGCUGUGUCGCCUUGAGCAGCUGUGUCGGCAGUACAUCGAAGCCUCGGUGGAUCUGCAGAAUGUGCUGGUUGUGUGUGAGAGUGCUGCCAGGCUACAGCUGGGCCAGCUCAAGGAGCAUUGCCUGAACUUCAUAGUGAAGGAAUCCCACUUCAAUCAGGUGAUCAUGAUGAAGGAGUUUGAGCGCCUCUCAUCCCCACUGAUUGUAGAGAUUGUUCGUCGGAAGCAGCAGCCGCCCCCUCGCACACCCUCCGAUCAGCCUGUGGACAUUGGCACAUCUUUGAUCCAAGACAUGAAGGCUUACCUGGAGGGAGCAGGUUCGGAGUUCUGUGACAUCACACUUCUGCUAGAUGGUCACCCACGGCCAGCCCACAAAGCCAUCCUAGCUGCCCGUUCUAGCUACUUUGAGGCCAUGUUUCGGUCGUUCAUGCCAGAGGACGGGCAGGUGAACAUCUCCAUCGGGGAGAUGGUUCCCAGCAGACAGGCCUUUGAGUCCAUGCUACGCUACAUCUACUAUGGUGAAGUCAACAUGCCCCCUGAGGACUCACUCUACCUGUUUGCAGCCCCGUACUAUUACGGCUUCUACAAUAACCGACUGCAGGCUUACUGCAAGCAAAACCUAGAGAUGAAUGUCACAGUGCAGAAUGUGCUGCAGAUUCUGGAGGCGGCUGACAAGACGCAGGCACUGGACAUGAAGCGGCACUGUUUGCACAUCAUUGUACACCAAUUCACCAAGGUCUCUAAGCUGCCCACGCUGCGGUUGCUGAGCCAGCAGCUGCUGCUGGACAUCAUAGACUCCUUGGCCUCCCACAUCUCUGACAAGCAGUGUGCAGAGCUGGGUGCCGACAUCUGAGGAGCUCUGGAGAGUGACGACACCCAGCCAGCUGACCACAUCUCCACCUGCAGAGUGAUCGCACCUAUGGGGUCAAGGGUUCUCAGCUUCUACAGGGGGCUGAGGUGUACAGGAACCCCCAAAGCCUGCACUUCAUUGAGGACACAGGCCCCACAGGGAAUGGCAAAUAAAGCAAACUCCCUUUCCAGCUGGCACCUCUCUGAAAGGAGCCAUUUUGCUUGCUUCUGUGAAAGCCUGCCUGUCAGGCAGAGUCAAGUCAGGCCAGGGUCUGCUGGCAGAUUUUCUAGCCUGCUGACUCAUGAAACGGUAAGAGGGGAUACACUUGAAGCUCAAGGUGAGGGGCUGAAUGUUCGGUUAAUCCUGGAGUAAGGGACAGGGCGGCCUCCAGAUAGGUACAGAUAUCCAAUGUGUGUCAGUCAUUGUCUCCGCUGGCUUGUGACUUUGUUUCCCAAGAUACUGUAAAGUAUAUGGAGCCUAUGAGUUAUUAUUAAACUCAGGGCUGCUGCAGCACUAGCUGAACAGCCCUCUUGAUUUCUAA